AUCUAACAUUAAUUUGUUUUAACAUUAUGGCUUGUUAGAUUGGUUGAUUCAAUGGCGGAUUUAUCAACUGUCUUACAUGAUCAUGACUAUUUCACUGUUACUACUGAAUUAAAUUCAAGUUGUGUGACUGAAACACCAAGACCAGGUACUACAACUUACAUCUGAGUAUAUUUUAGUUUAAAUCUACCUUCACUAAUUGAAUGAAUUAUGUUUUUUUUAUGUGUUAGAUGAAAAUGUUUUAUUAAGUGCAACACAUUCUGAUCAUGAUGAAACAGCUACACAUAAUGAUGGUUGUAAUAUUAAAAAAAAACUCAGUAAGAAAGAUCAACAUGCAGUUUGGCAGGAAAAGAGGAAAAGUAAAAUAGAAAAUGCUAAAAUAAAACAUCCAUUUAGAAACAUUCCCUGUCCAGAAAUAUGUAAAAAUAAGUGUAAUAUUAAUAUUUUGGUUGAUCAACGACAACAAAUUUGGAGUGAUUUCUGGGUUAUGGAUUAAAUUUCAAGAAGAAGGUACUUAGGAAUUUGUAUUACAGUGUCUCCAGUUAAGCGUCGAACAACAACAGAUUUCAUAAAUAAUUUUAAAAGGAAUGAAUCUCGUUAUUUUUAUCUACCAGCUGGACCUAAGAAAGAUAAAAUCAGAGUAUGUAGAUCAAUGUUUCUCAACACAUUCGGAUAUUCAAAUGAUUCUAUAUUAACAGCUCUUUAUAAAAAUUUAAAAAAUUGUGACAGUCCAUGUCUAUCAACUGCAAAAGAAAAUAGAGGUAACAAAACUGGUGUGAGUAAUCUAAAAAUUGACAAGACCUCAAUAAUUAACCAUAUAAAAAUGUAUAAUCCAUGUUCUAGUCAUUAUCGUAGACAUAAUACUCCCAAUAUCAUGUUUUUGCCAAGAGAAUUGACUGUAAAAUCAAUGUAUGAAGAUUUUUGUUUGAGAUAUGGAAAUCUGUUUUCACAAGAAACUUACAGAGGUGUUCUAAAAGAAUUGAAUAUCUCAUUAAAAAGUCCUAUUUCUGAUAAAUGUGAAGAUUGUACCACUUAUGCUAAUCAAAUAGAAAAUUCAAUUAAUGAAGAUGAAAUUGAGGAACUUACAACUAAAUUAGAGCAACAUAAAAUCAAAACAUUUCAAGCAAACACUAUGUACAAAAAGGAUGCCAAUAUAAAUACCUGCAGCACAACCAAAGUAUUUUCCAUGGACCUCCAAAAAAUUCUUCUAUUACCAAUGAUACCAGAUUCAAAAACUUGUUUUUUCACAAGUCGUUUAAUAGUGUUUAAUGAAACAUUCGCUUCCUUAAGACCAAAAGGCAAAUCUCAUUGUGUACUGUGGCAUGAAGCUGUAGCUGGUAGAAAAGCAGAAAACAUUGCAGAUUCAAUACUAUCCAUACUGAGAGAGGAAAGAGAUGCUCCAAAUUUUAUUUUUUGGACUGACAACUGCAUGGGUCAAAACAAAAAUUGGGUAUUAUUCACAGCAUUAAUCAGCACUGUGAACUCUAAGCACAACAAUUCUAUAGAAAGUGUCACUAUUAAAUACUUGACAAAAGGCCAUACCCAUAUGUCAGCAGAUGGAGUUCAUGGAAACAUAGAGAAAAAAUUUAAGCAGGUAAGGAAUAUAUAUGAUUAUGAUGAUCUCAAAAAUAAAACUAAGGAAAGUAGAACAAAUUUAAACAUUAUUGAUCAAACACAUUUUUUUAAUUGGUCAAGCAAGAAACGAUCCACUACCAUUAAGAAUGACCCAAUAAAAGGUUUUAAAUUGUCGAGUCUAGUGAUGGUAAAAUUUUUAAAAGGAUCUACCAAAAUGGAAUAUUAUACUAACUUUGAUGAGGCACCAAAAGAAUAG